AUGUCGUCCGAUUCAGAUUCGUGUCCUCCAUCUCCAACAAGCCAGUCUUGCAUCACCGUAUGUGUAGGUGCUUCCGAUAGUGAAGAUGAAUGUCAACAAGGAUUACUCAGUCAGCAUCGUAAAUCCGUACAAUUCUCAAGAUUCCUAGUCGUUCACGAAACCUGGUGUAACGAUGAAUACGAUCGUACCUCGAUGGAACCAGCAAGGCUUAAUUUCAAAGAGUACGAAGAAUUACUUCAGCUUCGAUGCGAUUUACGAAGAGAAAUGGAUAAAAUGAUGAAGGCCGCUGCGUCUCAAGCAUCAGCUUCAAACAAUUAG